CGGGGCUGCCCGGGGCUUCGUGAGCCCCCUGGGCGCGGGCCGGGCGUCGGGGGAGCAGUUACAGUCGCCCCGGCCGGCGCCUCUCGCCUCCUGCGCUCCGCCGCAGCUGCCCGACCGGCCCGGGAACGCCGGGCAGGAGGAGUUGGAGGAGGACGAUGCCUUUUCCAGCGUGCAGGUGCCGGCGGCCGCCUUUCUGGGCUCCGGGACCCCCGCGAGUGGGAGCGGCAGUCGGGGUCGCCUCAACUCGUUCACUCAGGGAAUCCUGCCCAUCGCCUUCUCCAGGCAGACUUCGCAGAACUACUGCUCCCUGGAGCAGCCGGGCCAGGGGGCCAGCACCAGCGCCUUGGAACAGUUGCAGAGGUCCCGACGUCGCCUCAUCUCCCAGAGGUCAUCCUUGGAGACCCUGGAAGAUAUUGAGGAGAAUGCCCCUCUACGGAGAUGUCGAACUCUCUCAGGUUCGCCCAGACCAAAGAACUUUAAGAAGAUUCAUUUUAUCAAGAACAUGCGGCAGCACGAUACCAGGAACGGCAGAAUAGUCCUUAUCAGUGGCAGAAGAUCCUUCUGUAGUAUAUUUUCAGUGCUGCCCUAUCGUGACAGUGCCCAAGUUGGGGAUUUGAAGUUGGAUGGAGGGAAGCAGUCCACAGGUGCCGUGAGCUUGAAAGAGAUCAUUGGCCUUGAAGGUGUGGAGCUGGGAGCUGAUGGGAAGACUGUUUCUUACACCCAAUUUCUGUUACCCACAAAUGCCUUCGGAGCCCGGAGAAAUACCAUAGACUCCACGUCCUCCUUCUCCCAGUUCCGUAACCUGAGCCACCGCAGCCUCUCCAUAGGACGUGCAAGCAGCACCCAGGGGAGCCUAGACACAGGUAGCGACCUGGGAGACUUUAUGGACUAUGACCCAAAUCUCCUGGAUGACCCCCAGUGGCCUUGUGGCAAGCACAAACGAGUUCUGAUCUUUCCUUCGUACAUGGUGAGUAGUGGUGGAGAGACAGUCUGCUCACCCCCUCAGCCUCACCCCUGCUGCCCCUCAGGCAUGCUCACCCUAACAGGCGGCUGCUCUCUGGCCUCAGGGGGCUGGUUCAAACACUGCGCGGCCUGGGGAGCUUCUAGGGGAUUCCCCAGUGUAGGUUGCUCACAGAAGGCCCAGCACGGGCUGGUCCUGGGUUCUUCUCGUCACCUGGCCUGCAUACACCACUUUGGUCAGGGACCCUCACCUCUUGGGGGACACACCUGAGCUCCUACAUCUGUAGACCCCACUAGGGGAGGGUCAGGCCCCUCGGGUUCAGCUCUGUUUGGAGUUCCCUGGUGACUGUAGGCCUCCACGUGCACUCCAGGCAAACUGGGCACUGGGCUCCGGAUGACAGAAUUCUCUCCUGGGAGAGUGAAGGUAGGCCACUCUGGGCGUUAAAUGCAAAACCUUUACUUGCCGUUUUUGCUUCAUAGACUCUUCCUGUUUUUCCCUUUGUGUAAUUUUGGUUUCUGCUUUUGGCUGACCACCAUUUCCCACCACUUGGUCUGCCGUUUCUCCAGAUGCCCGUGGGGCCUGUCUGGGUCCUGUGUACUUUCUUGGGGCAGAAUUGCCCCAACUCAGUGGCAGGCGGAUCCCGGGCAGCCGUGGGAGAAGGGGAGAGCUGGGCUUGUGGGAAAGCUGCCAGGCCAGGCCUGCCGCACAUGGCAUCAGGCAGGAGAACACCAACCCAGAAUGCUCCCACCACCUCCCUGAAAGGCCCAGAGGGGGCGGGCGCAGCUCAAAACAUCCCGCUCCGGUUCCCUUGCUCCUCCCCAGCCCGUGCCAUUCAUAGCAGCCCCAGCCUCUUCUGGGCUCUUGUGUCUGCAGAGGCCAGAGUGGGACCCCGUUUACUCAGAGGGUCCCUGAACACUCACUCUGAACUGAGAGGUCUCAGCACUGGGGUUCCACCCUCCAGCCUCGCUUUCUUCCCUGAACAUUUGGCAAGUAGCUGCCGUCAGACACCAGGCAGAGGUCCUUGGCAGUUGCUUCCAGCAAAAAUCCUAUUCUAAUACACUAUGCUGAGUCAGCAUGGAUUACCAAAGGCAUUGAGUUUAAAAUUGCCCCUGCUUCUCACUCUCCCAUCCUUAUUUCCCACCUCCUAACACGAAAAGCAGAACCAGAGCCAUGUAUGUUUUUUUUCCCCACUCCGAGACCUGUUAAGAUUAGUUGUUACUUUUACAACGCCAGGCCGUAUUCAUGUAAGCUAGCACAUAAUAAGUGUUUAAUAAAUGACCAGAAUUGCCGCCCUAAUGUGAAGGAGGAAGCAACUGAAACGUCAUGACUUGUGUAAGAAUAGGAUUCUUUAUGCUGUUCAUUGCUUUACUUACUAAGUAAUGGUCAGGAAACUGUGGCUUGGGGAGUCUGAGUGAGGCCGUCACAGUUGACAGACAGGAAGUGGGGGCUGAGGCUGGUGCUCUUCUCACUUGGCCUGGGACUCCCACAUCCCUCAGCAGUCAGUGGCAGAACGGCCGACCUCGGGGGAGGACUCUUUGGGCCAACAGUUUAACAGAUUUCUAAGUAACCAAGAGAAUAAGAGAGGGCACUAUUUUUGACCGACUGGGGUUUGGCAGGGAGCUCUUCUCUGGGCUAUGUCAUGUCUGGCGAUAACAUGGACCUCUCCUGUAGGCCUGGUGGCAGUCUGGUGCCAGAUCUUAUUUUUUUCUUUAAGUGAUUUCACUGAGCCUCAAGGUUCUGGGUCGCAGACUACAUCACGUGCCUGUGCACACAGGGCAUUUUCCUCCUUGGGCACUGUGCUAGAUGACUUGCCAAGUCAGCAUAUAUGUCCUGUCCUCCGUGUUGUAUGUUCCCAACUGGCUCAUUUUUCAUUUUCCCAGGUUGCAUCUGCAGCCCCUGCUUCCUGUAAUAGUAUGUGUUUUAGAGAAUGAAAUGGCUCGUGAACCGCAUUUUCUGGUCAGUUCCAUAAGAUGUACAUCUCUUCUUCUGGCCGCAGAGAUUUGUACUUUGAUCAGAUAUGGGACAGCCACUUUUCAGCAUUCUCUGUCACUGCCAUGCAUGUCUUGUGUUACAGAGAGCCUCAGACUGGCUCCCAGGAGACUUCUCCAGAAGCAGGCAUGGAUUAUAGGGCUGUUUCACAUGCAAACUUGCGCAAGUACGCAUGGGGGUUUUGGUUUUGGUUGGUUUGCUUGAAGAUACAGAAUUUGUCCACUAAGCCAGUACUGACUGAGGCCCUACUGUGUGCCAGGCCAGAUGCUUCCUUAUAUAGUGGAGAACAAACCGGCCACAAUCCCCAUUUUCCUCAGCCUUACAGCAGGUGGGGAAGUCAGAUGGUGAGCAAGCAGACAAGUCACUGCGGUCAUGAGGAGGGUGAAGAAAAGUGGUAGGAGAUGAUGGGGGCAGGGUAGGGGGGUGAAGGUGGGAGGUCUACCUCCAGGAAGGUUCCCCUGAAGAAAUGGCAUUGAAGGUGAGUAUGAGGGGUAAGAAGGAGCAGCCAUUCCAGGCCUUGGUGGGAAAGGCCCAUGUGCAAGACCCUGUCUCGUGAAGGGGGGUGAAAGAGGGAGAGUGUAUCAAAUCAGUAUUUUUAACAAUGACAGUCACUGUCCUUCCCUCUACAUGCAUACACACACACACACACACACACACACACACAGAGAGAGAGAGAGAGAAGGCAAGCCCAGAGAAUGAUGAUCCUGACAGAUUUUCCAUACUUACUCGACCCCAGGCACACGGAGCUGUGCUUGUAAUAGGCACAGACUACCAGGGUAAACAGAGCUACACGGUUACUUGACCCAGGCUGUUGAAAACCUCCUUUGAAGGUCUAGGGCCCAUCUUGGCCUGUGGGUGGGUGGGAGGCACUCUGCCUAGACAAACUCACCCAGCUUAGAGCUUUUCUCCUGGGAUGUGAACCCUCAUCACUGGCAGGGCACCCCCUGCAGGUGGACGUCAGACCUGUGCGAAGCCUAUGAGGCCCGGGCUCCUCUGUCCCCUCCCCAAGGGCUUCCUGUCAGUGGCCUUUGCUGGAAGGCUGGGCAAGGGUGCGGCCAGGUGCCAGGCUGACUGUAUGCGCAGCACUGCCGACCGCCCUUCAUAUUGGCCUUCGAGGCCUGUGGGGGUCCUGCUGCCUAAGCCUAUGCCUGCCUCCCUUAGGUUGCCAACGCAGCUCAGGGGAGGCCAGCCCAGUGAAGGCCUCAAGCCUGAGAACCAGGGGCUGUGGCAUUUCAGGGUCUGAGAUGUUCAUGCGGCCUCUGCAGAAUCAAGCAGGCCAGAAAGUGAUGCGCUAAACCUCUCGCCCCAUCGCAUCCCCCAGCCACUAUUUAUUUGUUUUCUCUUUUCGUAUUAAGUUGUAAUUUAUGUAUGAUCAAACACACACAUUUUAAGUGCAGUUCCAUGAAUUUUGUCACCUCUGCUUCAGUCAAGAUAGAACAUUUCUUUCCCCAUAGAAAGUUCCCUCCUGUCCAUGCUGUUCUGACUUGUGUCACCACAGUUAUUCUAGCGCUUUAUGCAAGUGGAAUCAUAAACUAUGUGCUUUUUAAAUUUUUUUUUUUUUUUUUUUUUUGGUUCUUCUUCCUUAAUAGAAUAGGUGAGAUUCACUCAUGUUGCACAUAUCAGUAGUUUGGGUUUUUUUAAAUUGCCGAGUUAGGGUUCCCUUGUAAGGACAUACCCCAGUUUAUUUAUCUCCACUCCUAUUGAUGGACAUUUGGGUGGUUUCCUGGGUAGGGAUACCAUGAAUAUUGCUGCCAUGGGCAUUCUUAUACAAGUGUUGCGUGGACAUAUAUUUUCAUUUCUCCUGGGUAAAUAACCCAGGAGCGGGCUUUCUGGGUCCUAGUGUAGCUGAUGUUAACCCGCCAGGAUGUGGUUGGAUGAGUAUUUUCAUUCAUGUGUGUUCUAAGUACCAGAUAAAAAGGCCACUCGUGGUCACAGUUGCCAUGCCUUCAAAAGUGGGAGAGUUCCAGAGGCAAACAUUUCCCUGAGGCCUAGAAGGAAGCCUGUCAGGUACAGAGUUUAAGUGGCAGCCGUUUAAAGCUGACCUUGCAUUCGGAGUGACACUGGUUUUUAACUUUCAUCUGUGCAAGUCACUCCCACUAUUAGCCGCUGUGAAAGGGCAAAGGGGAAAUUUUGAAGUAAAAAAAAAAAAUUCGUGGGACAAGUCUAGAAACCCCAGUCGCAGCUGCCCCUGUGGUUUUGGCCCUGAAGCUUCUAGACGGUGACCACAGAGUAGGAAAGUAUGUUGAGCCUCCUGGCUACAUGCAGGUUCUCGUAGGGCCUUAGCUUAAUGAUGGUGUUUCUCAGUGCGGUGAGGGCGGGCGCGAGGCCUCGAGUCCGAACCGGCUGCUUCCUGCUCUGUGCGCUGCCUGCCUUGUAAUUAAAGUUUGGCCAGAAAGUGGUUGUUUAUCAUUAGAACCUGGCAGCUGAAGUCAGUAGUGGUUUUGUUUUUUCUUCCUUUUCUGGGUGUGGAGAGCAAUUAAGAGGAGAAAGUAAGCAAAAGAGCUGACUGAGAUAAUGCCAACAAAGUUAAUGUUAUUUGAAUGCGUGUCUGGAUCCUUUUCCUUCUCAGGAAGAAAUCCCUCUCAAACUAUUUUGACAUCAGAAGGAAAACCGACUAAUAACCUUUAUGAUAUCUGUAGGUAUAUAAAUCUCGAGAGGACAUCUCUUGGAUUGAUCUUCUUGAUAAAGUGCCUAUUCACUACUCCUAGAAAAACUCCUCCUCCUUACCCCCAGACCUCCCCAGUGUUGUGGGAAUAUGUCUUAGAACUUUUUCGGCACAGUAUGAGAUGGCUGAGCAGUGGGAAAUUUAAGACUCAAUAAAAGGAAGGCUAAGUCAACUUUCUGUGUGGCAGGCAGUUGGGCUCUGGUUUCCCUCACCAUAUUUCUUUUCCACUGAAAGCCAUUUUGAUGACGUAGGUACUUACCUGUCUGCAGGGUGGGUUUGUAGAGAAGCUAAAGCAGCUUGAGCCCCAGGGGAUACUCCCUUGUAAGGCUCCUUCCAGGGCCCUCAGGUUUCAAGGUGCUUGAAGCUCAUUCAGUUUAGGAAAAAUAAUAAGUCAUUACAAUAACACCAUUGUUAGGCCUCUCCUGAGACUUGGAAGGGCUUUAGAGCUUCCCCAGCUCUACGGACAGUCUGCCAGGCACCUGCAUAGGAGCUGAGCAGUGGGAUCUCUGAGGCCCGCCAGCUUUUGGUGCAAGUGUUAAAAUAAAAUGCCUUCUUAAAUGCCCUAUUACAUUGUGGUGGGUUUGUUUUCUGGCUUUCUGGCUUUUUUGGGUUGUGUGUAUGUGACAGCUUUAUUGGAUAUAAUUCACAUAGCAUACAGUUCACUUUAUUUUAAAGUGUAUAGGGCCGCCUUGGCUGGCUCAGUCGGUGG